AUGGAAGGAGGAAAAAAAGACAACUCGAGAAAAAUUAGUAUUUUCUACCUUCAGAAAUUAAUGGCCAUGAGUUCGUUUAUGGUGAACUCUAAGUAUGUGGAUCCCAAAUUUCCUCCCUGCGAGGAAUAUUCACAAAAUAACUAUAUACCUGAGCAGGGCUCGGACUUCUACGGUCCAACGCAGAACACAGACUUUCAGCAUCCAGGGAUCUACCCACGGUCAAACUACACGGAGGAGCCCUUCAGCUGCAACACUGUGCAGGACUCCACAGUGCAGCCACGAGGUCAUGUGCACGAGAAAUCCAGCCGCUCGGGCUCUUUUAGCGCACAGACUGAGCAGGGGCCCCCGGUCCAAGUGGCCGGUCCCCGGACUUGUGGACAGCAGCAAAACACAAAGAGCCAGAAUGGGAUACAGUCCAAGCAGCCUGCAGUAGUUUACCCCUGGAUGAAGAAAGUCCACAUUACCACUGUGAAUCCGGAUUACACAGGACCUGAGCCCAAACGGUCCAGAACAGCUUACACCCGGCAGCAGGUUUUGGAGCUUGAAAAGGAGUUUCAUUUUAACAGGUAUCUAACCAGGCGGCGACGGAUUGAGAUUGCCCACACUCUUUGUCUCUCCGAAAGGCAGAUUAAAAUCUGGUUUCAAAACAGACGGAUGAAAUGGAAGAAAGACCACAAACUACCCAACACCAAGGGCAGAUCCGCACCAGCAAGCCAUCUGCAAAGCAUCCAGAAGGAUAACCAGACUGAUAUCACAGCAUUAUAAGAGAGGAGGAAGGUGUACCACCUUUAGAAAUAAACUGUACAUAUAUAAGACAGAGGUUGCAUCUGACUUUUGCAUGGACUGAUGUUGUUUUUAGCCUUUUUUUUUUAAUUUAACAAAGACCCCAGCAGUGUUGACUCAAGAGUCAGAAAAACAAUCAGUCUUUGUGAGAGUGAAAGGUUUGAAAGUUCUUCAUUGUCUUCAUUUCU